UCUUCCAACGCUGGUAAAACUAAUAGACCAUCAGUAAAAAUGUCAAGAGAUAUUGCAAUAACUCCACAAAUUCCAACUAGGAUAUUGAAGAAAGCUGUUGAUCAAGAGAAUUUAGGUACUUCAAGCGAAAAAAGUCAAUCAAAUUCCAAUUCCAAGUUAUCCAAUCAUGGUGGAGUAUCCAAACAAGCAACUUCUAGAAUCGGAAAUAAGUCAAAUAACCACGAGUAUAUUAAUAAUAGGCCCGCAUUAGACUCAAAUGAGCGGAGGAGAAUAACUAUAAAAUCCCUUCACAUGUCGAUGGAUUUCACACGGCGUGCUGGUGAAGCCACUAAAACAUCGCCUAAGAUAUCCAGAGAUAGCUCGACUCCACUACAAACUCCAACCAGGGCAUCUGUUUAUGGGGGCUCAAAGCAUGCUUCCAAAGUUCUUCAAUCGAGAGAUGAAAGCAACUCGAGAUCUUCGAUUGCAAGUAGAACCAGUGCAAGAUCUUCUAUUAAUUUGUGUCCAUUUAAUGGUUCCAAAAGUCUUCAAUCACUAGAUGAAAGAUGCUCGAGAUCUUCGAAUGCAAGUGGAACCAGUACAAGAUCUCCUACUAGUUUCUUUCCAUUUAGUUUCAAGAGCGAAGAAAGGGCGGAAAAACGGAAAGAGUUCUUUAAGAUGCUAGAAGACAAAAUGAAAUCAAAGGAGGCAGAAAAAUCACAAAUGCAAAUAAAACCGAAGGAGAAAGCGAAGAAUGACAUGAAUAAAUUCAGGCAAAGGACUGACGUGAAAGCUAAAUCAAAUGAAGAUUCAUUUCAUGGAUCACAGAUACCGUACAAUAACGCUAAGAAGAUCAUUUCAACUCGGCCUCAAUCACCAAAAAUCGGAAGGAAGCCAUUUGACAGCACGGUGCAGAGUGCAAACUCUAGACCUCCAAGGCGGCCUUUCGUUAAUACUGAGAGCUCUAAGAAUGGAUUAAUGAAAAAUAACAGGAUCCCGGGGACCACAUUGCUAAAGAACAGGCAUGAAAAUGCUUUCCCCAAUAUCCAGCUUUCAGUUGGCAAAGUAUUCCAUACACGCAUGAAAAUGGGGGAUCAGUCGACGGUGGGUGCAGCCGAUGAGACCUUUUAAGUUCUUUUAGUAAAAAAAAUUAUAGAAACUGAAAAUAAUGUUUUUUGGGAGAUAAAAGAUAUAGAAGAGCAGUUUGUAACAUUUUUGGUGGCAAAUUCCACAUCAAUUAUAGGUACAAGUUUGUGAAAUACCUUAGCUAUCUUUCAGCAUAUAAAGUUUUCUGGCUUUUUUUUAUGUACUUUGGAUAAUGUUAGCUGUCUAUGAUAAAU